AUGCUCGUUCUGAACGAGUGGUACGCGAGAGGAGGAGAAGACGCAAACGCUACAUCCGCGAUCUUACCGCAAAACGACGCGACAAGGAAGGUGCGUGAGGGAAGAGCGAACGAGUUGAACGCCGUGAACGUCGCGUUCUUAAGAUCUUUAGGCUGCGUCGUGAAGAAUCGACACGGCGAGCGACAUUUUAAAUACAGCGACGAGAUACGAAUACCUAUACAACAACAGGAUCUGUACACAUUGCCGUGCGAAAGUUUUCUAUACAUCGAGGGAAAAUUCGCGACGAGAGAGAGCGCGAAGGAAGACACGGCGAAAGAAGGCACGGCGAAGGAAGUUACGAGAGCGAAGCUAGUCAAUAACUGCGUCGCGUUUAUGUUCGACGAGAUUCGAUAUGAGCUCAAUGGCGUGGAGAUCGAUAAGAGCAGAAACGUCGGUAUAACGACCUUGAUGAAAAACUAUGCAUCGUUGAGCUACGAGAGAGAUAGAGUUUUACAGAACACCGGAUGGGAAAUACCGCCUAUAGCGUUGGACGAUUUCAACUUUUGCGUGCCUCUCAACGUACUCCUCGGUUUCUGCGAGGAUUACAAACGCAUAGUGAUAAACGCGCGACACGAACUCAUUCUGAUACGCGCUCACAACGAUAACAAUUGUGUCGUGGCGCAUUCAAAUCAGAGACCGAAGAUCACCUUGUUGAGAAUACAGUGGCGAAUGCCACACAUGAAACUUAAUGACAAACUGUCGCUUCUGCGAACGUUGGACAGCGGACGAUAUCUGAGCAUGGGCUUUCGUUCGUGGGAUCUGUACGAAUUUCCGCUGUUGCAAAGUACGACCAAGCAUUCCUGGGCGGUAAAAGCGGCGACGCAGUUGAAGAAACCACGAUACGUGAUUUUCGCGCUACAGACCGGAAGGAAAAACGUACCGUCGGAAGACGUUUCUAAAUUCAACGAUUGCAAGCUAACUAAUGUAAAACUCUAUUUGAAUUCCGAGUUCUAUCCCUACGACGAAUAUGAAUCUAGAUUUUGA